AGGAUUUCAUAGAGAUGAAUGAAAUAGAAUUAGAUGAUAAUAGUAAUGUUGUAAUUGAGCAGAUUUUAUCUAAAAGUGAAGAAGAAUCUGAUGAAUUUGAUAUUGACGAAGAUAUAUAUUUUAGCGAAGACGAAGCAGAGAAAGAAGGGCGAACUAUUAACUUUGAUGUCUCAGAAUCAGUUUACAGUGACAAAUAUCCUGAUAUAUCAACUGCGAAUAUUAAUCAAAGUUUUAUGUGA